GUGGCCAAAAAUAAUAAUAAUACUGAUAAUAAUCGGCUAAUCGAUGAUGAAGUGGUCGAAACCGGCAAAAUCAAGCCUAGGAUUUAUCUCAAAUACAUCCAAUCAAUGUCAACCAGUUGGACAGUUAUCCUAACCCUGGGCUAUAUGUUGGCCAUUGCUAGCGAAUCGGCAUCGACUUUCUGGCUGAGCUACUGGAGUGAUGAUCCUGAAAGCUCGUCCCGUAAAUCAUACUAUUUAUUGGGUUAUACAUUGUUGGGUAUAUCGAAAAUCUGUUUACUGGGCCUGUCGUGGACAGGUAUUAUCAGUACAACAGUAUUGGCAGCCAAUAGACUAUAUAAAACACUACUGUCCUCAGUAGUCAAUACGUCGAUGAGUUUUUUCGAUACGACACCAUUGGGUCGUAUAGUCAACCGAUUUAGCAAAGAUAUCGAUAUAUUAGAUACACAGAUGUCGUCCACAUUAAAUUUAUUGAUAUACUGUUUGCUGGCAUUAUUGAACACACUUAUAGUUAUUACAUUACAAACACCGUUAUCAUUGCCUGUAAUAAUCAUAUUGAUUGUUUGCUAUAUAUUUUUACAGAAAUUUUAUCUAAAAAAUUCACGUCAAUUAAAACGAUUAGAGAUGACUACCCGAUCGCCUAUUUAUACACAUUUUAGCGAAACCUUGUCGGGUGUGUCCACAAUACGAGCCUAUGGUUGUCAGCAGCGGUUUAUCAAUGAAUCGGACAGUCGGGUCGAAACCAAUCAACGRUGUCUGUAUCCAAGUGCUKCRGUAAUGGGUUGGAUAGUAUUACGGCUGGAGUUUUUGUCGCAUAUGAUUAACUAUUCGGCCGCMAUGUUUGCCGUACUGGCCAAAGGCCAGAUUACGGGCGGAUCGGUUGGUCUAUCCUUACUGUAUGCCGACACCAUAUGCUCAUCGAUGGAUAAUUUUGUACGUUUGUCGGCCGUAUUGGAGAAUAAUAUGGUUUCYGUCGAACGGGUGGACGAAUAUUCUGGCCUAAAACCAGAGUCCGACRACAGCAACGGCGCCGGCAAUGACGGUAAUGGCCAGUCGGCGGCGGCGGCGGAUAUAUUGCCGGACAACAGCAGGGGAUGUAUAGAGUUUCGUGACUAUAGUACCCGAUAUCGUCCGGGACUGGAUCUGGUGCUCAAACAUAUCAAUAUUAAAAUCAAUGCCAAAGAAAAAAUCGGAAUCGUUGGCCGAACCGGUUCGGGAAAGUCAUCAAUGAGUUUAGCAUUGUUUCGUAUCAUAGAGUCAGUCGGCGGCCAAAUACUAAUUGAUGGCACAGAUAUCAGUCGACUACCGCUACCAGAGCUACGAUCUGGUCUAACAAUCAUACCACAGGAACCGGUAUUGUUUUGCGGUACUAUCCGUUCAAAUUUGGAUCCGUUUGGCCGGYACUCGGACUCAGACAUAUGGCAAGCACUGCACAGAUCUCAUCUCAAACCAUAUGUUAUGUCCGGUAAAUCGGGUGGACUCGACUACCCGAUCACCGAAGGUGGCGAUAAUCUGAGUGUUGGUCAGCGACAACUCGUAUGUCUGGCCCGUGCAUUGCUACGGCAGACAACUGUCCUCGUCCUCGAUGAGGCCACGGCUGCCAUUGAUUGCGAAACCGAUCAACUAAUACAGCAAACAAUUAGGUCAGAGUUUUCCGCAGCAACUGUCCUGACAAUAGCUCAUCGGCUAAACACUAUUCUAGACUCGGAUCGGGUGUUAGUCCUAUCCGAUGGACAGGUAGUCGAGUUUGAUUCACCAAACCGUUUGCUAUCAGAUAGUAAUUCCGUAUUUUAUUUAUUAGCUAAAAAUGGGGUUGGCCAUCAAAUAGGACCUACAAUUAUGUGUACAUCCAGUUCCCACUUUAUGGCCGGUUAUGUGGAGGACAUCUAUCAUAUAACUCAUUCAUAG